GAAGAGUGCCGCUCUGUACUUUCUGGGAUACGACUCCAAAUAUGGAAGUCUUAAAACGUUUUUCUGCAGGAGAUGAGGCCUAGCGAAACAAAGGAAAUCUAAAUCCCAGUGGACCCAAGCUGCACACUCCCCAGUCGCUCUCAUCCCCUUCACAUCAGGAGUGUUCACCCUUAGAAAACUUCAAUCCUUACACUUUUUCAGCAACCCAAAACGGGGAUCUCUGGCGCCCAACAGUCCGAGUGCAGAGUUGUUGAGGAUCGUAGGCGGUUAAUGGCUUCUGCGUGGAGAUAUGCAAGGGGAGGCAAAUCCUAGUGCUUCUCUUAUUGACAGAACCAUCAAGAUGAGAAAAGAAACAGAAGCUAAGAAAGUGGUUUUAGCCUGGGGCCUCCUAAAUGUAUCUAUGGCUGGAAUGAUAUAUACUGAAAUGACUGGAAAAUUGAUUAGUUCAUAUUAUAAUGUAACAUACUGGCCCCUUUGGUAUAUUGAGCUUGCCCUUGCGUCCCUCUUCAGCCUAAAUGCCUUAUUUGAUUUUUGGAGGUAUUUCAAAUAUACUGUGGCACCAACAAGUCUGGUUGUUAGCCCUGGACAGCAAACACUUUUAGGGUUGAAAACAGCUGUUGUACAGACGACUCCUCCACAUGAUCUGGCGGCAACCCAAAUCCCUCCCUCUCCACCUUCUCCUUCGAUUCAGGGUCAGAGUGUGUUGAGCUACAGUCCAUCUCGUUCACCCAGUGCCAGCCCCAAGUUCACAACCAGCUGUAUAACCGGAUACAGCCCUCAGCUGCAAGGUCUGUCAUCAGGUGGCAGCGGGUCCUAUAGCCCUGGAGUGACUUACUCUCCCAUCAGUGGUUAUAAUAAGUUGGCAGGCUAUAGUCCCUCUCCUUCUUCUCCACACCCUGCAACUGUUGGACCAGUGGAGGGCAGUGGGCUGAGAUCUCGCUACCGUUCUUCACCCACCGUCUAUAACUCCCCUACUGACAAAGAAGACUACAUGACUGACCUCCGGACUUUGGAUACUUUUCUCAGAAGUGAAGAAGAGAAACAGCAUAGAGUGAAGCUGGGGAGUCCAGAUUCUACCUCACCUUCCACCAGUCCUACCUUCUGGAACUACAAUCGUUCAAUGGGAGAUUACGCACAGACUUUAAAGAAGUUCCAGUAUCAGCUUGCCUGUAGGUCUCAGGCCCCGUGUGCUAACAAAGAUGAAGCUGAUCUCAGUUCUAAACAAGCUGCAGAGGAGGUUUGGGCAAGAGUGACUAUGAAUAGACAACUUCUUGAUCAUAUGGAUUCAUGGACAGCUAAGUUCAGAAAUUGGAUCAAUGAGACCAUAUUAGUGCCGCUGGUACAAGAGAUCGAGUCCGUCAGCACGCAGAUGAGACGAAUGGGCUGUCCCGAGCUCCAGAUAGGAGAGGCUAGUAUUACUAGCUUGAAGCAAGCCGCUUUGGUCAAAGCUCCCCUCAUUCCAACUUUGAACACAAUUGUGCAGUACCUAGACCUGACACCGAAUCAGGAAUACUUGUUUGAAAGGAUUAAAGAACUUUCUCAGGGAGGCUGUAUGAGUUCAUUUCGGUGGAACAGAGGUGGAGACUUCAAAGGACGGAAGUGGGAUACAGACCUGCCCACUGAUUCUGCUAUCAUCAUGCAUGUGUUUUGCACCUACCUCGAUUCCAGAUUACCUCCACAUCCUAAAUACCCUGACGGGAAAACAUUUACUUCUCAGCACUUUGUUCAGACACCAAACAAACCAGAUGUGACAAAUGAGAACGUUUUUUGCAUUUAUCAGAGUGCUAUCAACCCUCCCCAUUAUGAGCUAAUCUACCAACGUCAUGUCUACAACCUUCCAAAGGGACGAAAUAAUAUGUUUCAUACAUUGUUAAUGUUUCUCUACAUCAUAAAAACCAAAGAGUCUGGAAUGCUUGGAUUUUUCAGUUGUCUACAGAACUGCAAACCUUCAGGUGCUCCAUUUCCCUGUGACCGUGACCUGUCCGGCAUUUCCCUGUGGACGUCCUGCCGACUCUGCGGCCAGAACUGAAUUCACAUCUGCUGAAACCAGCUUGCUCUUCUAACCUCCCUUUUUCUGUUCAUUGUACUACCCGCUGCCCACGCUCAAAACUCCAGUGUCAUCUGUGAUUCCUUAGCUCCCUGGGUCCCCAGUCCAAUCAGGCACCAGACCUCAUCCAUUCUUUCUGAACAGUGUCUUGCAGCUGUCCCUUUCUGCGUCUGCUGCCCCUGUGCUCAUUUGCACCCUUAGCAGCUCACACAGGACCACUCCAACAGCCAAUUCAUCUCGCAGCUUCCUAAUUGUCGCCGCGCUUCCAGACUUUACAACUCAUCCCGCACAUUCUCUUCAAAUUCAUCUUCCUAAAACACCUGUUUGAUCAUUUCAUUCCCCUGAUCAGUUCCUUAGCCUGACAUUUAAAGCCCUCCGCAGUCUGGCCCCACGCCAGCCUUCUCCCAGACCCUCGGCCCCUUGCCGGGCUCUCUGCGCUCCCUCCCGCUCCUCCCGGCCGCUCUCUGGGGCAGCCCUGCCCGCCCUGCCUGCAGACUUCGCUCUGAUUAAAGCUGCUAUUCUUUGGAGCACGUCCUGACCGCUCCAGCUGGCAGUCAUCUCUCCCCCAGGGUGAUUGGAUCCGUGCCCCUCUCUGGCGCUCAGCAGCCGCACACAUAGACUCCAGAGCGACUUCUGGUCUAACAGUGCGUUGUCCUUCUUUUCUCGCCCUCCUAAAAGAACGGAGCUUUUUACUAGUCUGAGCUGUCCUGCUGUUCAGGAGGUCUUGACAAUGACUAAAGCCACCUUCUGGGAAAGGCCUGUGUUCUCUUUGAAGGACACCUUUCGAGCAGCCAGGCACCCUGGCUUCCUUGUGUUAGGCCUGCAGAGAAGGAAGCAGCCCCAGAACUGGAGAGCAGCAAGGGGGGCUGUCUGAGGGAGGUGUGCGGAAAAUGCCACCACCACUUCCCUGCACCCCGGUGGGUCCUCCCCAGUGAGCUGGGGUGAGGCCACUGCGCUUAGCACGUUGUUCCAAAUGCCACAGGUCCACCCAUCCCUCAGGGGUGGCUUUGGUCCCGGCUGCCAUCAGACUGGGUAGUGGCAAAAGGCAAAAAGCAAGACUGUAAGCAACAGAGGGCUGGGCUCUCUGGUGGGAAAGCUUUCGAGAAGGAUCUGUGGGUGCCUAGUCUGCACCCUAAAUUAGAGGGGUUGGGGCGCCUGGGUGGCUCAGUCGGUUGAG